AUGCCGGCCCAGAAGCCCUCGCCGCACCGCUUCAUAGCACCCAACCCCGCGACCCACACGCCAAAGCCAAAACCCGCGUCCAACCUGCGCCAUGCAGUCAGCGCACACACCCCGACAGCGAUCCCUGCGCUGCAGUUCAAGAAGAUCACGCCUGCGAAGAGAUUCGUAGUCGCGCCGACACAGCGACAGCACGGCGACGCGACGCCCCGCCCCGACCGCGUCGAGGAGCCUGAUUCGAGUGCAUCGACUGAUUAUACGCCGCGGCCUCGGCAGCGGAAGUUGGGGCGCGUCGAGAGCAUCGAGGAAGCCUCGCAGUCGAGUCCGUCGCGGCCUGCGGAGGAUGUGCAUGUGCUGCACACAAUUGAGUACGAAGGCGGAGAGGAAGACGAAGAGGAAGCAGCAACCACGCCGCGAGAUACCGACGAUGACGACGAGAUUCUGUUCCCCGAAGCAAAACGGCGUCGCAUCUCCACCCCGCCGUCACUCCGUCACUCUCCACCCCCAGACACGCCUCUUCCAAACGCACCACUCCGCUUCCGCUUCCCGCCACCCCACCCCACUGUGCUUCCUGACGCCCCCACAACACCGGCGCCAGCGCGCCCCUCCUUCCUCCGCCCGCCCCAACCCGCAAUCGCCCAGCCUCCCCGCCCACUACCGGAGCUCUUCUCGCCCUCACGCAAAGCGCACCGAUACGUCCCCGGCGGCCUGGCUUCAACGCUGCAGACAUGGCUCAUUGAAGCUGCGGCGGGGGCGACAUCCGGGCGCGGUGUGGCCAGACUUUCCAGCACCCCAUGGGCGACCGAGAGACCGCGCGACGACGGCGUGCGGUUCGCGGUGCGCGUUGCUAGUCUGAGGACAGGGACGGCGGCACACAUGCAGACGCAGACAGAAGCGCACUGCCCCCCAUCGACCCUGCUUUUCAUCGCUGGUCCGACACAAUCCACGUCCACAGUCACAGAAGACGCAGAAGACGCAGAACAAGUCCAAGAAAUCAGAAAAGUUCUUCUCACGGCCCAACCCACCACACGCAAUGCCUCCACGGCACCCAUCAAGAUCAGGGUCGGCAGUGUGAUAGGCGUGCGCGCGCCGACGUGGGAUAUUGUCGUUGGAGGGGAGACUUGGGGGGUUGGGGUUGAGUGGGCUGUGCUUGUGCCGUGA